CUAUUGUCGGGUAGGAACCAGUCGUUCUUGCUAUCUCUGUAGUCAGUUGAACACGUCUCUGGUUCCAAAAUGCAUCAAAGUCGCUGUGUUAAGAGAGGACAUGAUAGGACAAUUUACGGGAUGGCCGGUUAUCACGACUAGGGUCUACGGACACUAAAUCAGAGCUCCUCGUCUCGAUCCUGGCGGCGGUUCGGCUUGGACGAGGCAUUAUCUAUUUUCGAUCCAGAUUCAGCAAUGGCAUCGCCCGGCAGUUGGGAAUGAAUCCGCAAUGAUCAGCGACUUGAUCUUGGUGACACCGUUCGAUACAACAGACCCAAAGUUCUUGCUGAGGGACGACACACCAUUCACAACUCGAGUCCAGACCUCGUCCUUGUUACUCCUCUGGUCGUCCUUGGGUUCUUUGACCUCUGCACCUUUCUUUAUCUCCUUGCCGCGCUGGGUCUUCUCGUCCUUCUUAUCCUUUGUCUUAUUCUUGUCAUUAUCUCCAUUGAUCUCAAUGGGUUUAUUUUGCUUGCCACCCUUCCCUGUGCUGUUCUUUUCAUGCCCCAUUGAAAGCUGGUCAGUCUUCACAGUGACCGCAGAAUGUGCCACUAAGAUUAAAGUAAAAAGUUGUACCAGUAACAGAGGAGUCAAGCGUGGUGUCAAUGGCUCCGCUAGCCUAGGAGACAGUAUUUGGAUGCGCAACGCCGUCACGUACCUGGGUCGUGCACCACUGACCCUGCCGAGACAAGGGUUGGGGUGGCAACGACGAAUGCGCUAGAAGCAGCUUUAUGGGAUACUAUCAAUGGUGAUUGAUCGGGUAUAUCGUCAUGUCAAAUAAAAAGCAUUCGGCGGAAUGCGUCAAGUGCGCGCGUAUGCUUAUGUAGUACCUGCGGCUCUGGAACCAAGUUCUUGUUCCUUUCGACGCGCAUCCUCAGCCUGGGGGGCCUGAUUGUGGCCAUCACUCUUCUUGUGGUCGUCACUAUCCAUUUCACUGCGCCGACUGUAUUUUUUCACAGAGGCGGUACCCUUCCCUCUGUAUCGUUCCUGGUUGAUGUGGUCUUGCUUGCGGGAGUUCUUCUCUUCUUGCUCCUUACCAACCUCAUUUCUUCUGGUAUGUU